GCAGUCUCUUGAUGGAUUCCGUGUGGUAUUUUGUGUUGAGUCUUGCACCACUUCCGUCUGUUGAGACUGCUCCGCUGACUCUUGAAGAAUUCUGUGCGGAAUCUUGCGUUAAGUCUUGCACUUCCACCUUCCUCCCCUCCUUCUGCCCUUCCUCCUCCUUCUCAGGACCGUUAGUCUGGAUCUAUUUACAGUUUCUCUUCUUCUCUAGAGACUGCCGUUGUUUGCUUGUAAGAGCCCGAUGAAUGCGAGUGCAGAUUCAUUAUGAAUGAAGAAACUUUGACCGAAUCAACCAGUGAUGGACUUCUUCGGUAAUGUUGAACAGAUGUCAAGCCAAAGAGUGUAAGCUGAAAGCAUGAAAAGGAGGGCAAAGGAAAGACAAAUGCUGACAUCAAGUAUAGUGUACCAUUUCUUCUCUUAUGCCACUUAUUCGAUUGCCACGUCAUAAUCCGAUCUUGAGCGACAUACGAGAUGACUUUACAUAAACUUUGAAAGGUUUCAUCCGGUCUAAAGAGGAAGAUCUUGGUUCAUUUCGCUGAAUUUGGG